AUUUUCAAAGCCAGUUUAAAGUCCGAUAGAGCCUCAUACGCAUCACACGUCGAGGUUAUCGUUUGAAUCGUCAAGAAGUUUGGAAUCUUACUAAACACAUCUCAACAUGCGUGAAUGUAUCUCUAUCCACGUCGGCCAAGCCGGAGUCCAGAUCGGUAAUGCCUGCUGGGAGUUGUACUGCCUUGAGCAUGGCAUCCAGCCUGAUGGUCAGAUGCCCUCAGACAAAACCAUCGGAGGUGGUGAUGACUCCUUCAACACCUUCUUCAGUGAGACUGGAGCUGGGAAGCAUGUCCCCCGUGCCGUAUUCGUCGAUCUCGAACCAACCGUAGUCGAUGAGGUUCGAACCGGUACCUACCGUCAGCUCUUCCACCCUGAGCAGCUGAUCACCGGCAAGGAGGACGCUGCCAACAACUACGCCCGUGGUCAUUACACGGUCGGGAAGGAACUAAUUGACCAAGUUCUAGAUCGCAUCAGGAAGCUGGCUGACCAGUGCACAGGUCUCCAGGGAUUCCUCAUCUUCCACAGCUUCGGUGGUGGAACUGGCUCAGGGUUCUCAUCCUUGCUUAUGGAACGUCUCUCCGUCGACUACGGAAAGAAGUCCAAACUGGAGUUUGCCAUCUAUCCCGCUCCUCAGGUCUCUACCGCUGUCGUCGAGCCUUACAACUCUGUCCUAACCACCCAUACUACUCUAGAGCAUUCCGACUGUGCCUUUAUGGUCGACAACGAGGCCAUCUACGAUAUCUGCCGACGUAACCUCGACAUCGAGCGUCCCACCUACACCAACCUGAACCGCCUAAUCGGCCAGAUCGUCUCGUCCAUAACGGCUUCUCUGCGAUUCGAUGGCGCCCUAAACGUCGAUCUUACCGAGUUCCAGACUAACUUGGUGCCCUACCCACGCAUCCAUUUCCCUCUUGCUGUGUAUGCUCCAGUUAUUUCUGCUGAGAAAGCGUACCACGAGCAGUUGACGGUUUCCGAGAUCACCAACGCAUGUUUCGAACCCGCCAACCAGAUGGUGAAAUGCGAUCCUCGCCACGGCAAGUACAUGGCCUGUUGCCUCCUAUUCCGUGGUGAUGUCGUUCCCAAGGACGUCAACGCCGCCAUUGCUACCAUCAAGACCAAGCGUACCAUCCAAUUCGUCGACUGGUGUCCAACUGGUUUCAAGGUCGGUAUCAACUACCAACCACCCACCGUCGUCCCUGGUGGUGAUCUCGCCAAGGUUCAACGUGCCGUCUGCAUGUUGAGCAACACCACCGCCAUCGCCGAGGCCUGGGCCCGUCUCGAUCACAAGUUCGAUCUGAUGUACGCCAAGCGUGCCUUCGUCCAUUGGUACGUCGGAGAGGGUAUGGAGGAAGGAGAAUUUUCUGAGGCCCGUGAAGAUAUGGCUGCUCUCGAGAAGGACUAUGAAGAAGUCGGUGUAGAUUCCGUCGACGAAGAGGGAGAGGAGGAAGAGGACGAAUAUUAGAAAUUGCACUGUCUGGUUGAAGAGACGAAUAGGGGGGGGGGGGGUGUAGCAGUUCUUCACAUAUUCACAUGCUUUGAACAAUUUAUUUCAUGCAAUUCACCAAUUCAUCUCUGCUCUAGCAGGACUAUACAAAUAUAUUAAUAUUCCGGAAAAGGUAAAUAUUUAAUUUAAAAAAAUAUGAACGGGCUAACAACAAAGGCCAUGAGGUGGUUUACUUUGUGAUAGUCUGAAUUAGCAACAAACGAAUAAUGUAAGAGGACAAGAUGAACGAAAAAGAAUAAGAAUUCAAGAAAGAAAAGCAUAAAAUAAAUAAGGUUAUUGGGAAGAGGACAGUUUGUGGAACUGCAUAAUGUUAUAUAUCUAUGUAUCUUUAUAAAAAAAAGGUGAAAAAUUCUCCUUGUAGGUCGAUCAUCUGGAAUGAAUUCCGUGGUUUCGCUAUACAUUUCUUAUGGUGGUAGAUCAUGUUGAUCGCCUAAUAAUAUAUAAUUCCCAUUUUCAGGAAGCAAUUGAUUUUCUGGCUUCAUCAGAUGGCUCCAUACAGAAGGGAGUGCACCAGGAAAUUAAAUUCUAAAAUGCAAUAUAUCAUUGUAUCAGCAAUAAAUGAAUUGUACUUAUUCUCA